AUGCCAGGUAAAUCCGCUCUCAUCUUUGGUGCCUCUGGUGUUACAGGCUGGACAUUUGUCAACGAGAUUCUCAACGACUACCCGAGGAAAGGAAUAUGGGACAAAGUACACGCAUUAACAAACAGGCCACUGUCGCAAAAGGACUCGUUCUGGCCUGAUGAUUCUAGGCUUAAUAUCGUAUCCGGUAUCGACCUGCUCAAAGGCACACAAGAUGAUUUGGAGACGGAGCUCAAGAGCAAGGUGUCUGAAAUCGAUAAGGUCACGCAUGUUUAUUUUUUGGCUUUCAAAGCCUCCACAGACGUCAUGCAAGAGCUGGAAGAUAUGGUCAACAUGUUCAAAAGAUCAACUACUGCCAUUGAUCAUCUAAGCCCAAACUUGGAAUUCGUAGUUCUUCAGACAGGCUCCAAGUGGUACGGGAUACACUUGACUGCCACUGUACCGGAUUAUGGGGAAACCCCAGGCAUCAAGACGCCAUUUAAGGAGGACAUGCCGCGGUUAAAGAAGCCAUAUGACGACAUGCUGUUUUAUCAUCCUCAGAUUGACUGGAUCACUGAGUACGCGAAGGACAAAAAAUGGAACUGGUGCGAUACUCGGCCGGACAUUAUUAUUGGUUUCGUCCCCAACCAGAACUUUUAUUCUCUUGGCACCGUCGUUGCAUUCUAUCUCUCGCUCUACCGGGCCAUCAACGGGGAAGGCGCAGAGUGCCCUUAUCCUGGCACGAAGAAAGCCUGGACAGCGAAGUCCAUCCUUUCAUGUUCGGAAAUGAUCGCUCACCAAACCCUCUAUCUUUCCUUGAACCUUCCCGCAAGUCGAAAAGGCGAGAGUUUCAAUGUUGCGGACUGCAAGUACCCAACUACGUGGGAGCAGGAUUGGCCGGUAAUCUGCAAGUACUUUGGUCUCAAGGGAACGGCACCACCAGACGACAGCAAGGACAGGGAGGUUAGAAAGUACAUCAAAGACAAUUUUGAAACGUGGAAAAGGCUCGAGAAAGAACAUGGCCUCAAGACUGGACUGGCAGAUAGCCCGAAGACCUUUCCGGGCUUCGAGUAUUUCUUGUUUUCGCAAUUGUAA